CUAUGCCUGUUGCAGCCGUUUUCGAGAUCUCCCAUUGGCUAAAGGAAAAUUCUGUUGCUCACGAUUUUGGUAUAAAAGGAACCAACCAAGGUUCCUGGCUCUCUUUUCUUCUCUUCUCUUCCUGGUUCUCCACCGGCUCUCUUCACUCAUAUCGCGGUUAGAAAGAAGUACAGCAACGAGAUCUCCAAAACGGCGUCAACGCGAUCACAACUCAAGGUUCAUAUUUACUUCUCCCUCACUCUAAAUCCAAUAGCUUAGUAAUUAACUAUCCAAUUAGUAAUUGAAUUUCCGACUCACAUUCCUUUUCCGACCAUUUAAAUUAUCCUUAAAUCGCAAAACGCACACGACUUGAGUCCCUGGGGUAAAUUGCUUAAAUGCAUUGACUCCAAAAACUAAAAUAUUAACGUUACAUCCCGUAACAGUAUAGAUCGUAUGCACUGUGUGGAUGGUGGUGUCAUUAAAAAAAUUUUAACAUUACUGACUGACGCUAAAUAUAAGAACAAUGUAAUUUCAUUGUACGCUGUUAUUGAUGAGAUAAAUAGUCGAUUAACGGCUAUCAAACCACCGAAGUUUAUUCAUCGUAUGCCACGUUCAAUUGUAGAUUUGAUUCAUUGGAAAAUAUCAGAACUGAAAAUAUUUUGUUUUUACUACUCUAUACCUAUCUUUGAAGGAAUCAUGCGUUUAGACUAUUUUGAAUAUUUUUUAAGAUUGAUAAUAGCAUUGUCUAUUUUAAAUUCAGAUUUUAUUACAGAAGAUAUGAUAGAAAUAGCACGAGAUUUAUUGCACAGAUUUGUAAAAGAAUUUCAAUUCUUGUAUGGUAUUCAAUUCUGUUCUAUUAAUUUACAUCAAUUGCUGCAUUUAUCCGACUGUAUACGAAUUCUUGGUCCGUUAUGGGCCUAUACAUGUUACGAAUAUGAGAAUUUAAAUGGUCAAUUAUUAAAAUUAAUACACGGUACUUGCCAUAUCGAUACUCAAAUAGUACAAUCACAAUAUCAAUUCAUAAAAAUGAUAAGAUUUACUGAAUUAUUACCUGAUGGAGAUGUUCGUAAUUUUUGUUUACGGAAAAAAAAGCAAGUAAAGAUAAUAGAACCGGUGCAUGAACAUUGUUAUAGUGUAGGCGUUUAUAAAAAUUUUACUGAAAUAUCAGAUAUUGUUUUCGAUGCAAUGCAACGUACUGGCUUAUUAGUUAAUAACAUUACACUAUGGCAAUAUUUUAGGCUUUUAAGACAUAAUAAAAUAUAUGUAUCAGAAAUGUAUAAAGAAAAUUUGCAAACACAAUCUUCAGUCAUACAAUAUUUAGACAAUAGUCAAGUUAAGUUUGGUUUAAUGUAUUGUUUUAUUAAAGUGUCCCAUUGUAAUUGUAUGCAAGCAAUAUGUGACUGUGAUAGGCAACAUUAUGCAAUUAUUCACGAAAUUGUUAGCGAUGAAGUAUUUGUUGCGCAAGAAAAUCAGUGUAUGUACACUAGCAAAUUAUUUUUACAUAAGUGUUAUGAAACGAAUAUUGCAAAAGCUAUUUUAGUGGAAAAGCUUAUAACAACUUAUAUUUAUAUAAAAGUAAAAGAAAAAUCAUACAUUGCUGUACCUAUUAAUAAAGAAGAACUUGAAUAA